CGCUAACCGAUAGGAAGUUUGAGGUUUUCGUAGUAAAUGUUAGCGCCUCAUCAGACGUGAAUGAAUGUACAGUCUAACUGAGCUUAGCUGAAAAAUCACCCACUCUGUUCAGCCAUGAUCUCAACACACGAUUUGGAGCAGUUGGCAGAAAUAGAGCUGCAGAAGGAAGAAGAAGAGGAGGAGGAGCAGGGGAGUUCCAGAGGGUACCCUCUAGCGCCAUCCAGUGGCAAUGCUUGUCAAGACAUGUCACAUCCCUAUUAUGAUGUUGCACGACAUGGGAUUCUCCAAGUUACAGGGGAUGACAAGUAUGGCAGAAAGCUGAUUAUUUUCAGCAGCUGCUGCAUGCCCCCUUCACAUCAGCUCAAUCACCAUAGACUUCUAGAGUAUCUGAAGUACACAUUGGACCAGUAUGUUGAAAGUGAUUACACAGUGGUCUACUUUCACUACGGUUUACGCAGCAGCAACAAACCGUCUUUACGCUGGCUUCGAGAGGCCUAUCGGGAAUUUGACAGAAAAUACAAGAAGAAUCUUAAAGCCCUCUACGUUGUCCACCCUACAAACUUUAUUCGGAUUAUAUGGAACAUAUUCAAACCCCUUAUAAGCCACAAGUUUGGCAAGAAGCUAACCUAUGUGAACUAUCUGGCAGAGCUAAGGGAACACCUCAACUAUGAUCAGCUCAUCAUCCCACCAGCUGUGUUAAGGCAUGACGAAGAGCUCCGGGCCGCUCAGAAAGGAGGACCGCCCCCUCCAGUGAAGAUCCCACCCCCACGACCCCCUCUGCCCACACAGCAGUUUGGAGUGAGCUUACAAUACAUUCGGGAGAAAAACAAUGGUGAAUUGAUUCCCCCUGUGAUGUGUCAAACUGUGUCAUACCUCAAACGAAAAGGGUUGAAAACAGAGGGAAUCUUCAGAAGGUCAGCGCGAGUGCAGCUCAUCAAGGACAUCCAGAAACUCUAUAACCAGGGGAAGCCAGUUAGCUUUGAGCAGUACUCUGAUGUGCAUGUUCCUGCUGUGAUCUUGAAGACAUUCCUCCGGGAGCUGCCAGAGCCACUGCUCACCUUCACUUUAUAUGACCAGAUACAGGAUUUCACCAAGGUGGAGAGCAGCCUGAGGGCUUCGAGGUGCAAGAGGAUUGUGGAGUCCCUUCCAGAGCACAACUUCAUUGUCGUCAAGUACCUCAUCUGCUUCUUGCAUAUGGUCUCACAGGAGAGCAUCAGUAAUAAGAUGAGUUCCUCUAACCUGGCAUGUGUGUUUGGUGUGAACUUGGUCUGGCCUCCUAAGGGCACCAUAUCCCUGGGUGCUCUCGCUCCCCUCAACAUCUUCACUGAGCUUCUCAUCGAGCACUAUCACACCAUCUUCAGCUCGCGGUGCCUGCCACAACAGUUUUCAGACAUGGCUGUCUGAGAAGAUGAAGUACAGCAGAGGAUAUGUGGGUCGGUUUUAGGGUAAUGGAGUUUGGAUACAGGUCAUGAAUGAGCUAAUAAACUGCCAAGAAUGAAGUAGGAUUUCCUGUAGUAUUUUUCCUGUUACCAAGCCUGUGUGAUUAGCACCUCUGUGUCUGUAUAUACAGCUUUGUACAUAUGUGUUUAACAUGCCUGUACUGCCCUCGUUAUUGACCAUUUUUAAUAAUUUCCUAACUCAUUUAUAAGUCUUACAGUUUUAGCAGAUGAAGUCGAUCAGUGUGUUUUUUUUAAUUAAAAAAAUGGAAUUUUCAAUAAAGUUUGCAAACUGAG